CCAUUCUCCAGCAUAUUACAGCUAAUGGCUUUACAUUCAGUUGGCCUUUGGAUUCCGCGCGCGUCGGACGUUCGCGCGGCAUUGAAAAUAUAUCGCAUGUGAUAAAAUCGUGAUAAAAUUCCUACUGGAUUUCGCAUUCGGCCGAAGACGUCUUUAAAUAUCAAAACCCAGGCUCUAUGACGCGAGGCCGGCAGUAGACACAGAACACACACAGACAGACAACAUGUCCUCGAAGGCUAUACACGAGGCGACCGGCAAGGACCUCAUUAACAGACACAUAGCGCCCGGUACAGCGCUGGUGCCAUGCCGAUUCGCGGUGUUUGACCAGGGCACGAUAUGGGAGGACGAAUUGGGCAAAAACCCCUGGCUCACGAAAGAGCAAUUGGUGGUAAAGCCAGACCAGCUGAUCAAGCGGCGCGGCAAGCUCGGGCUGGUUGGCGUCAACAAGACGGCAGCGGAGGUGCGGCGCUGGCUGUCCGAGCACAGCAACAAGGAGCAGAAGGUCGGCGCCGCGUCCGGCAAACUGCGGCGGUUCGUCGUGGAGCCAUUCAUAAAGCAUGAACCUAGCGAGGAGAUGUACCUGUGCAUCCAUUCAGGCCGGCGUUCGGACACCAUCAUGUUCCACCACCAGGGCGGUGUCGACGUGGGAGACGUGGACGCGCUGGCGCUGAGGCUUGAUGUGCCAGUGGAUACAUUCCCCACAGGGGAGGACAUCGACCGCGCCCUGCUGAAGAACGUCAAAUCCACCACUGUUAAGAGAAUACUGACAACAUUCAUCACCUCCUUGUACCGUGUGUUCGUGGACCUGUACUUCACGUACAUGGAGAUCAACCCGGUGGUGGUCACCAAUGAGCGCGUCUACCUCCUCGACCUGGCGGCCAAGCUGGACCAGACGGCGGACUUCAUCUGCGCCAAGAACUGGGGGGAGGUGACCUUCCCCCCACCCUUCGGCAGGGACGCCUACCCCGAGGAGGCGCAUAUUGCUGAUCUGGAUGCUAAGAGCGGGGCCAGUUUGAAGUUGACAGUGCUGAACAAGUCCGGACGCAUCUGGACGAUGGUGGCGGGCGGCGGCGCGUCCGUGGUGUACACGGACACGGUGUGCGCGCUGGGCGGCGCCGCCGAGCUGGCCAACUACGGGGAGUACUCCGGCGCGCCCACCGAGAGCCAGACCGCCGACUACGCCAAGACCAUCUUCAGCCUCAUGUGCCGCGAGCGCCACCCGAGCGGCAAGGUGCUGAUCAUCGGCGGCGGCAUCGCCAACUUCACGAACGUGGCGGACACCUUCCGGGGCAUCAUCACCGCCAUCGAGACGUACAAGGACGCGCUGCUGCAGUACAACGUCACCAUCUUCGUGCGCCGCGGCGGGCCCAACUACCAGGAGGGGCUCAGACAAAUGCGCGAAGUGGGCCAUCGCUUGCGCAUCCCUAUGUACGUGUUCGGCCCCGAGAGCAACAUGACGGCCAUAGUGCGCCUCGCCCUCGGCCACGCCCCCAUCCCGCCGGACCACCAGCUCGACUACGCUCCCAAGCAACUGCCCAAACCUGAGCCCGCGCCAGCGCCAAAGAUCGAGCUGCCGGAACUCACGCCAGCGCUGUUGGACCUGGUGUGCUCCCAGGCGCCGACGCGCGCCGAGCUGGGCCAGCAGCUGUCCACCGCGCGACCACUGUUCAGCGACCGCACCAAGGCCAUCGUGUGGGGCAUGCAGAACCGCGCCAUCCAGGGCAUGUUGGACUUCGACUACAUAUGCCGGCGCGCGGAGCCGUCCGUCGUGGCCAUAGUGUACCCUUUCACCGCGGACCACAAACAGAAGUACUACUUCGGGGACAAGGAGGUCUUUAUACCGGUUUUCAGCGACAUGGACGUGGCGAUGCGGAAGCACCAAGAGGCGACCGUGCUCGUCAACUUUGCCUCGCUGCGAUCCGCCUACGACAGCACUAUGCAGGCGAUGCAGCAUCCGCAGAUCAACACGAUAGUCAUCAUAGCGGAGGGCAUCCCCGAGAACAUGACGCGGAAGAUCAUCAAACUGGCCGACACCAGGGGGGUGAACAUAAUCGGCCCGGCGACGGUGGGCGGCAUCAAGCCGGGCUGCUUCAAGAUCGGCAACACGGCGGGCAUGAUCGACAACAUCGUCGACAGCAAGCUGUACCGGCCCGGCAGCGUGGCGUACGUGUCCCGCUCGGGCGGCAUGAGCAACGAGCUGAACAACGUGCUGUCCAAGGAGGCGGACGGCGUGUGCGAGGGGGUCGCCAUCGGAGGGGACCGGUACCCCGGGACCACCUUCGUCGACCACCUGCUGAGAUACGAGGCAGAUCCGAACGUCAAGAUGGUGGUGCUGCUGGGCGAGGUGGGGGGCGUGGAGGAGUACCACGUGUGCAAGAUGAUGAGGGACAAGAAGCUCACCAAGCCGCUGGUGGCGUGGUGCAUCGGCACUUGCUCCGACAUGUUCACGUCGGAGGUGCAGUUCGGCCAUGCGGGCUCGCUGGCGGGCUCCGCGCUGGAGAAGGCGGCCGCCAAGAACGCGGCGCUGGCGGCGCACGGCGCGGCGGUGCCUGACUCCUUCGACACGCUGGGCGGCGCGGUCAACAAGGUGUACAAAAAAUUGGUCUCCGAAGGCAAAAUCAUAGUUAAGGAGGAGACCGACCCACCGAAGGUACCCAUGGACUACGACUGGGCUAGGAAGCUGGGUAUAAUCCGCAAGCCGGCCGCCUUCAUCAGCACGAUCUGCGACGAGCGCGGCCAGGAGCUGAGCUACUGCGGCGUGCCCAUCAGCGCCGUGCUGGAGCGGCAGCUGGGCGUGGGCGGCACCGUCAGCCUCUUGUGGUUCCAACGCGAGCUGCCGGACUGGGCGUGCAAGUUCUUCGAGUUGGUGCUCAUAGUGACGGCCGACCACGGGCCGGCGGUGUCGGGCGCGCACAACACCAUGGUCACCGCGCGCGCUGGCAAAGACCUCAUCUCCUCCGUCGUCAGCGGCCUGCUCACCAUCGGCGACCGUUUCGGCGGAGCGUUGGACCGCGCCGCGUUGGACUUCUGCGCGGCGUACGACCGCGGCCAGCACCCGCAGGAGUUCGUCAACGAGAAGCGCGCCAAGGGCGAGCUCAUCAUGGGCAUCGGCCACAGGGUGAAGUCGAUCAACAACCCGGACUCGCGCGUGCGCGAGCUGAAGGCGUACGUGACGUCACGCUGGCCCGCGUGGCCGGUGACGCGCUACGCGCUGGACGUGGAGGCGAUCACCACGCGCAAGAAGCCCAACCUGAUCCUCAACGUGGACGGCAUCGUGGCCGCCGCCAUGGUGGACCUGUUCCGACACUGCCAGCUGUUCACGCAAGAGGAAGGCAACAACUACAUCGCGAUGGGCUCCAUCAACGCGCUGUUCGUGCUCGGCCGCACCAUCGGCCUGGUGGGCCACUACCUGGACCAGAAGCGUCUCAAGCAGCCGCUGUACCGCCAUCCGUGGGACGACAUCACCUACAUGUCGCCACUCAACUAAACACAACGUAAUGCAAUGCUACUUCGAUAGAUGGCGCUGGUACUGUGUUGCACUGUUUCAUAGAUGGCGCUGGUACUGUGUUGCACUGUUUCAUAGAUGGCGCUGGUACUGUGUUGCACUGUUUCAUAGAUGGCGCUGGUACUGUGUUGCACUGUUUCAUAGAUGGCGCUGGUACUGUGUUGCACUGUUUCAUAGAUGGCGUUGGUACAAUCUCUUGCACUGUUUCAUAGAUGGCGCUACUACAAAUAUCUUGCACUGUUUGAUGAAUGGCGCUGAUUAAAUGUUGCACUGUUUCAUAGAUGGCGCUACUACAAAUCUCUUGCAUAGUUUGAUAAAUGGCGCUGAUUAAAUGUUGCAGUUUCAUAGAUGGCGUUACUUCCAAUCUCUUGCAUAGUUUGAUAAAUGGCGCUGAUUAAAUGUUGCACUGUUUCAUAGAUGGCGCUACUACAAAUCUCUUGCAUAGUUUGAUAAAUGGCGCUGAUUAAAUGUUGCAGUUUCAUAGAUGGCGUUACUUCCAAUCUCUUGCAUAGUUUGAUAAAUGGCGCUGAUUAAAUGUUGCAGUUUCAUAGAUGGCGUUACUUCCAAUCUCUUGCAUAGUUUGAUAAAUGGCGCUGAUUAAAUGUUGUACUGUUUCAUAGAUGGCGCUACUACAAAACUCUUGCAUAGUUUGAUAAAUGGCGCUGAUUAAAUGUUGCAGUUUCAUAGAUGGCGCUACUUCCAAUCUCUUGCAUAGUUUGAUAAAUGGCGCUGAUUAAAUGUUGCAGUUUCAUAGAUGGCGCUACUUCCAAUCUCUUGCAUAGUUUGAUAAAUGGCGCUGAUUAAAUGUUGCACUGUUUCAUAGAUGGCGCUACUACAAAUCUCUUGCAUAGUUUGAUAAAUGGCGCUGAUUAAAUGUUGCAGUUUCAUAGAUGGCGCUACUUCCAAUCUCUUGCAUAGUUUGAUAAAUGGCGCUGAUUAAAUGUUGCAGUUUCAUAGAUGGCGCUACUUCCAAUCUCUUGCAUAGUUUGAUAAAUGGCGCUGAUUAAAUGUUGCACUGUUUCAUAGAUGGCGCUACUACAAAACUCUUGCAUAGUUUGAUAAAUGGCGCUGAUUAAAUGUUGCAGUUUCAUAGAUGGCGCUACUUCCAAUCUCUUGCAUAGUUUGAUAAAUGGCGCUGAUUAAAUGUUGCACUGUUUCAUAGAUGGCGCUACUACAAAACUCUUGCAUAGUUUGAUAAAUGGCGCUGAUUAAAUGUUGCAGUUUCAUAGAUGGCGUUACUUCCAAUCUCUUGCAUAGUUUGAUAAAUGGCGCUGAUUAAAUGUUGUACUGUUUCAUAGAUGGCGCUACUACAAAACUCUUGCAUAGUUUGAUAAAUGGCGCUGAUUAAAUGUUGCAGUUUCAUAGAUGGCGCUACUUCCAAUCUCUUGCAUAGUUUGAUAAAUGGCGCUGAUUAAAUGUUGCAGUUUCAUAGAUGGCGCUACUUCCAAUCUCUUGCAUAGUUUGAUAAAUGGCGCUGAUUAAAUGUUGCACUGUUUCAUAGAUGGCGCUACUACAAAUCUCUUGCAUAGUUUGAUAAAUGGCGCUGAUUAAAUGUUGCAGUUUCAUAGAUGGCGUUACUUCCAAUCUCUUGCAUAGUUUGAUAAAUGGCGCUGAUUAAAUGUUGUACUGUUUCAUAGAUGGCGCUACUACAAAACUCUUGCAUAGUUUGAUAAAUGGCGCUGAUUAAAUGUUGCACUGUUUCAUAGAUGGCCAUGAUUAAAUGUUGCACUGUUUCAUAGAUAGCGCUGACACAAUGUCGUACUGUUUCAUAGAUGGCACUGAUUAAAUUUUGCACUGUUUCAUAGAUGGCGUUGGUACAAUGUUGCACUGUUUUAUCGUUAGAUGGCGCUCAUUCAAUGUUUCACUUUUAUAGAGAUGGCGCUGAUACAAUGUGGCACUGUUACGUAGAUAGCAUUGUUAGAUCGUUAGAAGGCGCAGACAUAAUGUUGUACUGCUAGACUCCGCGCCACGAAAGAAGUCACGCUAAAACCUGAACUAAAAUUGACAGCGCCUUGCACAAUUUACAAUAACACCGCCAUUACCAAAUGACAAUUACCAAUUACCAAGCUGCUUGACUUGUUUUGUUCCGCGGAGUCUACAUUUUUAAGUGACACUAAUACAAUCUCUUUCAGUGUUAUAAACGCCGCGGGACUUAUUUUGUGUCGCGGAGUGUAUUGCCAAUGACCGACGAUUUAAAAAUAUUUGGUUCAUGGAAUCAGUCGACAUCUAUCGAUAGUGUUUGGUUUAAUAUAAAAUCUGUUAAGUAAAAGAAUAAUAGUUAAAUCUUUAGUCUGGGAAUUAUUUCUUGUAGUUUAUAAUUUUAAUAUAUUUUAUUAUAAAUAAAUUAAUUAAUGUUUCUUUUAUAAAAAUGUAAUUGGUACCCUUUGAAUGCAGACCGCAAAAUGUAUGUACGCAAUACAUUUAUUUAAAUGAUGAAAAAUAAUUAAGUUUAUCAAUUCUACAUGCUCUCAAUUUAUGUAACAUUUAAAUUUCUUGUUAUAUAACAUAAUAUUACAUGAUAACAUUAUAUAACAUGCUAACAUUUUAUAACAGAAUGACAUGUUAUAUGAUGUUAUUUAACAAAUUAUGUUUUAUAGAACAAUGAAGACAGUUUAAAAAAAAUACGAAUAAUAAAUAAAAUUGAGAAAGAUUGACAUACAAUUUUAUUGUUGUUACAUUUUGAUGUUUUUGUUUUUAAUAUCAUUCCACAGUUGCGUAUGUUUAGAUUGUAGGUUGAAGCGCAGAUUAUGAAAAUUAUAAAAACGAUUACAAUCUGUUGUUAUUGUAGAGUGAAUAUUUUUAAUUAAGGUCACAAAAAAUGUAAUAAUUAGUUUUAGUUCAUAAAUUAAUGUGGUAUACAUAUUAAAUGACAUUCAUGUGGAUAUAUUUUCUUUAAAAUUGUUUCAUGUCUGUUAAAAGUUGUGACCGUGCCAUGCAAACACUCGGCCGGCAAUUUUACUUAAAAUUAAUAUUUACUACAUUAAUUUAUGUUAAAAAUUUAAAUAGAGGGUUAUGUAUAAGUACAUGUUGACAGAAAUGAUUUUUUUAAGUAUAUUAUAAAUAAUAGUUAUAAUAAUUCUUGACUCAUUAGAUAUUUUUAUACAAAAUGAUAAAUGCUAAAAUUAUUCAUAAUAUUUAAAAAAGCACUGAAAUAGUUAUUUGUUUUCAAUGACUUGUUUUGACGAAUUUGUUUGUAUCGACUUACAGAGAGCCGCUUUUAUAAAUUUUCACAAUAUACAUGGCAUAUAUUUUUUGGUAAAUAUUUAAUAAUGCACCUUAAUUAUAACCUACAUUGAAUACAGGAUGGUGUUUCUAAGUUAUAAGCCAUUUAAAAUUGGCUAAAGACAACUGACAGCGGUUCUCAGUGCAGACGUAGAAACAAACAAAGGAGGACGACAAUUUUCAUACAUUGAUGGGUCCACUUUUAAUGAAUGAAUCUUUAAAAUGUUCAAAUUAGUGUCAUUUAAAUAAGAAUAUCAGUUUUAGACUGGUUUAAUUUCAGUUUGAUUGUAUAAUGAAGAUACGGGCAAAUACAGGCACAUUGUAAAAUGGACGAUUUAAACAGAAACACAUAAAUUUCAAAAAAAUGUUAGCAAAUUGUGAAAUUUUCAUUUAUUAUAAAGUAUUUAUUUCUGUAACGUGUUGGGCCCAAAAUGGUCGUUGUCCUUUUUAGUAUACAAAACGAUAAAAAUUAACAAAAAAAAAUAUUAUAUUAUUGAAUUGGACGACAUCGCUUGUAGGGUAUACAAAAGGAAAUGAAAAAUGCACGGUGGGUAGAGAUAUCUUAAUGAGAGCACAAAUAUAUUGAAUAAAUAGAGAAUGCACCAUAUUUUAAUAAAAAUAUACUAUUACACACUAAAGUGUUUAUAAAAAAAAUAUGUCAGUGUCUAUGGUUAGAAAUUAUAACUUUAAGCAAAACAAAAAAAUAUUAUCUCUGCAAGCAUGUUUAUAUCUUGAUAUACCUAAAUGUUUGCUAGCUGUUUCUAUCUCUUCAAAACAACGAUGGUCUCGAACCAGUGGCGUAGCCUGCCUGAUAGGGGCCCUGUAUCAAAAUUAGUUAUUUAUUUAUUAUUCAACAAAAAACACAUUUUAAUUAAGCCUAACCAUAGUGCAACACAAACCACAGUUGGUUUUACUGUGCACUGGUUAUUAUUACAUAAUACAAUAUUUAAAAACAAAAAUAAAUAACAAACAAAAGAGAAGAAAAAUCAAGAAUAAUCAUUAUCGGGUAGUUAGUUAGGGCCCAAAAUGAAAGUUAAAGAUUUCUCACAAAAGAAACAAAAAUGCUUGCAGUAAAAUAAAAAAAAAAUAUAAUCAUUGAAUAAGUUUUCACUACCACCUAGAAAUUGAGCUACCCAAACAAUUCAAAUUAAAUAUAAGUACCUACUCACACUUUUCUUGCUUUUUUUUUACAUGACGUCAAAAUGUAAGAGCGGUUCCAUAUUUUCAAAAUGUACUGGGUACUUUCUCAGCUUUACAUUUUGUGGAUAAUAUUUUACUAAUUUUUGACUUCACACAUUAUGGGCUGAACCCUGUCCAGGCGCGCAUUGUUACGCCUGAUACGGAGGUAGCUACGCCCCUGUCUCGAGCUUUUAAGUUUUAAAUAAAACAACUCGUAGAAAGCUAUUUAGUUAUAUAAUAUUACAAAAAAAAAAUUGUUAUAUGCACCGAAAUUGAAAAACUAAGCAUUAAUCACGUAAAAUGUUUUAGUGCGAGUAAUAUUGUAAAUGAUUUUAUUUUUACGUAUAUAUAUUUUUUUCUAAUUUUAACUUAUGUGACAAAAAAUAUGAACAACGAUAAAUAUAUGAAUUAUGGUGUUUUAACACAGGUGUUAUAUAAUGUUAUUUAACACUAUAACAUGUGACACAUGUUAGAAUGUUAUAUAACACUAUAACAUGUGACACAUGUUAGAAUGUUAUAUAACACUACAACAUGUGACACAUGUUAGAAUGUUAUAUAACACUACAACAUGUGGCACAUGUUAGAAUGUUAUAUAACACUAUAACAUGUAACACAUGUUACAUUGUAAUAUACGUUUUAUAUACAUGUGGCACAUGUUACAAUGUUAUAAACGUGUUAUAAAUGAAAAAUAAUAUAACAGAGAUACGAACAUGCUAACAUUAUGUAUAGCUUGGUAUUGACGGAUGCAAUCUUUAUGACGUCACGGAAUUUUUUUUGACGGCCUCCUAACAAGUUAGUCCGCUUCCAUCUUAGAUUGCAUCAUCACUUACCAUCAGGUAAGAUUGUAGUCAAGGGCUAACUAGUAAAGAAUACUAGACUCUUGAGGCGACUGCGGGUGGCUACCGCCGCGCAUGUUACGCUACCGCUGAUACCUAAAAUUUUAUUUGGCGCAGCUUGACGCACGACGUUCCGUAACGUCAUAAAGAUGGUUUACUUUGCUCGUUGGUAAACACAUAACCACUCUCCGCGUAGAUGAGUAAGCGAUUAUUAUGUAAUUUAUUUUGUAAUUGCGACAAAAUGGCUGGUUGGUUGGUUGGUAUCUGUAAAUAUUGGAAUUUGUCAACUUAUUUGAAUAUUAUAAUAUAUAUUUUUUAUUUAAA